GGUGAACUGGUGCUGCCCGAAGCUCUGGAGGACUUGAUGGAUCUGGAAGAUCAGGACGCGGGCGGGUUGAAGUCCAGCGAUAAGGAUAAAUCCAUGAAUUUGGAUAUCUACGACGAUUUGUACGAGGUGCAGCCUGCAGGUUCAAAAAAGUGUGAGAAAAUGGACAGAUCCCUUGAACUGGACAUCUACGAUGAUUUGGACGACUUCCAGAAGGCCGAGGAUCGUAAUAACAAGGAGCUGCAGGCAUGGGAAGCCAAAUACGAAAAGGCACUGGCUGAAAUUGAAGCGCUAAAGGUCGAGAAUAAGGCUCUUGGCAAGAAGAUAAAAACCAUGGAGGUUAAUCUGCAGAAUCUACUGGACACAGCUAAGGCGGAGGUAAAGAGAAAAGAGACAUUGAUUGCCGAGCUGCGAAACGAAAAGGACGAUGUAUGCUUCCGACGAAAACGAGCACGGCCGUUUGAAGUACCAGGUGCAAGGGAACCCGAGAGUAAGCGUCAGAAAGAAUUUCAAUCGAAACCAAUCGAUGUCAGAAAAUAUUCGGAAACGGAUAGAAAUCCGUUCAAAACGGCUACAAAGAACGGCGCAAAGGAUGAUGCUAGGAAGAUGAUGACCACAAAAGACACAAAGAAAGUUGUAUCAAAGGAUGUUGAAAGAGGCGCGAUAUUCAAGGAGGAUAAAAAGACGGCGACCUUAAAAGAUGAUGUCAAGAAGUCAUCCUCAAAGGAUGAUGCUUGGAAAUCUAGGACAAAAGAAGACGCCAAGAAAUCGUUCCAAAGAAGUAAGUCCCCCAGGCCGGAACACUUAAAGACCACCGAUCGGAAAUCUACUGCACAGACUCGUCGUCCAGAUCGACACCGGAGCCGGAGUCCAAAACAAAAUUCCCGGCGAGAUCAUCAAAGGAAUCAAGAAAGCAGUCCCCGGCACGCCAAACGGCGAAGCCAUUCCGCAUCGCCCAGCAAGAUACAUUUGCCAAGAGAAAAAGCUAAUGCCAUCACCAAACUUACUGACGAUGAAACAAAUGCCCAACGCAGCAAGAGCCCAGUCCCCGUGACCGCCAAACUGGUAACUGAAUCUCAACCGGCUGAAAAAAUCAAAUCCAACCGAAAGGAUGCUGCUUUAGAAACCAAUGCAAAUUCCUUAAAGGAAUCAAAAGUAGAGACGAAAGAUAUAACUCAACCGACAGAUGGUUUAAUUUCUGAAGCUUUUAUACCAAAACAUGAGAUUAUUCCCGGGCUAAGCUUAAUUAACCCAGAAUCAGAGGAUUUUUCUAAAAAUGAGAUCAAGUUGGAUCCUAUAAAAGAGUUAUCGAAUCCUACAGAAGACAGCUCUGCCCACCAACUUUUAAAGAAGGAGCCUAUUCCAAAAGUUGUAAUACUUAAAAAAUGUAAAAUCAUUUUUGCAAAAGAUUCCCCAGCUGUUGAGCAACACCUGGACAAAAUUAAGGAUGAAAAAGAAUCUGAAGAGCCACAGGCAAAGUUAGACAAAAAAGAGCCUUUUGCAGUUAAAACUGCUGUUGAAACUCCUACCAAAGAAGAGAGCAACGACGACAUAGUAUUAUCAAAGAAUACGACGCCUCAAGCUGAAGUGUGUUCUCAGCAUGAUGAGAAUGAUGAAGCAGAGAUCCGAGGACCCACGGAUGAAAAGGUCGAGUCCGACGUGGGAGUAAGGAUUAUCGAGGAUAUUCGGUUGCCCAAUAUGGCGGAUAUCGACAAUUUUGCUGUAAAGGUCGACAACCAUGGUGAGGCGCCAACAGCUGUAACAGAUUCCGCCUUAAAUCAGCAGAACCUAGCUACACAGGACCAAACGAUUUGCGCAGAGAUGAAAGAUCCAACUAUUUCUAUCUCCUCGGACGAAUCUCCAAUCAAGUCUGCUACUGUAUUAUACGCCAAGCCCGAUUCAACAAAACUGGAUCACAGCGAUGAACAUGACGAGGUUAUCCUGGAAACUGCCAUGGACAUGCUGACGAAGGAGCAGGAUGCGGCGAGCAACGCAGAAUCCACAUAUCCGAAACUGCGGAUCGCAGAAGAUGCCAUUGACAUGGCACUAGAGCAAUUGCACCAGCAGUCACCGGACGAAACUGCGGUGACCUCAACGUCGAAUAGAGCGCAGCAGACGCCUAAAAGCCUCAUCACGAUACUCACCCAGACUCCAAAACAAGGUAGUCCACUAAGGGCUGUGUCGCCGGUGGAGACGCCAAAGAAGGCGGACACGGAGAAGACCCCGCUAAAGAAGAGAAAAGUCAACAUGGACAGUCCGCCACAGGUGCCAGCCGAGGAUGUUACCAUCGACAAAACUUUGGGUGAUAGCCUGCAGGAAGGGAGCUCAACUGUGACCAAACGCUGCUCCAUGGGCCACACAGACUACCAGUACGAACAGAUAAAGGACGAGGUCAUUUUAAGAGUGAAACGGCGGGGUCGCCGACGAAAGCCAACACCUAUGGAAAUACCAACAACUGCUGAGGACAAACCAAUUUAAAAUAAAAUUGUAAUCGAUUUGAA